AUGAAUAAGACAGAUACCACCAAAUUGAGUUACUGGUUCUGUAACCAAUGUCAUCGUAAUCUCAAACAUGGUGAAUUUCGUUUCAAUUGCGUUGUUUGUGACAAUUAUGAUUUAUGCGAAGAAUGUUUAGCAGUACUUGAUUCAUCACAUCCACAUCGAAUGAUGCGUGAACAAGCAUAUGGACAGGAAGAUAUAGUAAAAGAACGGCAAAGUGAAAAUAUGGCAAAUGGAAUUCAAACAACUAUAACUAUGUAUCAUGAUCGUUAUUGUUUGGGUGUGCGAGAUAUUGACAAAAAUAAUCCUUCACAAUAUGCCGAUACAUACUCUUGGUUAACAUUUGAAACAGUGGGUACGCGAUCAAAAAACUUUGGACAAGGAUUAAGAGAAAUAAUUGAGCCACGCGGUUUUCUCGGUAUUUGUUCAGGAAAUAGACCUGAAUGGGUAAUUACCGACUUUGCAUGUAUUCUUCAGAAUAUUGUCAGUGUAACAAUGUAUUGUUUAUUCAACGAUAGCGAACUCACUUAUAUUAUCAACAAUACAAAUGUAUCAGUCGUUGUUUGCGAUCAACAGAUGUUACCAAAAUUUAUUCGAUUAUAUGCUGAUUGUCCAUCACUUCAUCACAUUGUAUGUAUGGAUCCAAUUCCUGAAACACUACGAGAUGUGGCACAAAAUGGUCUACGCAUUCAGUAUAUGGGUGAUAUUGAAACAUACGGUUCGACUAAACAGUACGAAUCUGUCAACGUUGGUCCUAAUGAAUGUCUGACAAUAAUAUAUACAAGUGGCAGUUCAGGAUUUCCUAAAGGCGCUAUGAUUCCUCAUAAUGCUUAUCAAACUGCAUUUUUACAACGAUGCCCUGCAUUUCGUAUCGAUCCAAUUUAUUUCUGUUAUGAACCAUUGGCAUGGGUGACUGGUCGUUCUGCUGUUUUUAGGACAUUUUUUGCUGGAGGACGUACAGGAUUUUCCACAGGAGAUAUUUCUCUUUUGAUAGAAGACCUAGCUUUAGUUAGGCCUACGAAUUUUUCAGCUACACCAGCGAUAUGGAAUAAAAUAUACGCUGAAUAUCAAGCAGCUUUAUCCUUAGCAACAGCAUCAGAAGAAGAUCGACUUCUGCAACAAUUCUCUGGACUUAUUCCAAUAAGAUGUAAACGAAUCAAUGUUGGUGGUGCGAUGAUUAGUCCAGUAGUACUCAACUUUGUUAAACGAUGUUUCUCACACUGCUCUGUUUUUGAAUCUUACGGAAUAACGGAAUGUGGAGCAGUAGCAUGUAACAGUAUCAUUAAAAAUACAUUACAGUAUCGUCUUAUAUCAAUUUCAGAACUGGGUUAUACAGUAGAUGACAAACCAUUUCCUCGAGGAGAACUUGUAAUCAAAACUGACGAAAUGUUUUCGGGAUACAUUAACAAUCCGGAAGAAACUCGAGCAGCCUUUACCGACGAUGGAUUCUUUCGUACUGGUGACAUUGUUGAGUUACGUAUGCAUCCAAACGGUGAAUCUUAUGUAAAUCUUAUUGAUCGAAAAAAGAAUUUUUUCAAACUCUCACAAGGACAAUAUGUAUCACCAGAAUUUCUGCAAACGAUCUAUCUUCAAAGUCCUUUCAUUGAACAAAUCUAUAUUCAUGGUGAUCUUUUAGCAGAUUCUAUUGCUGCUGUGGUUGUACCAAAUCGAGAAUAUGCACAAGCAUUUGCACUUGAACAUAAUCUGAAAAAUUUUGAUAUGACCAAUCCAGAUCCACAAUUUUAUGAUGUUAUUCUACAAGAUCUUCGUUUGUUAGCUGAAAAAGAGUCACUUCGCAAACAUGAAAUACCAUCACGAGUAAUCAUUGAUUUUGAACCUUUUACAUCAGAAAAUGGUUUAUUGACAUCAACAAUGAAACCUUGUCGUCACAAACUAGCUGCAUACUACAGCGAUCGACUGAAACAAGUUAAUACUAUUGAGCAACGAUUAAAAACUAUCAUCGAAACGACAAUGAAACAAUCGCUAUUGAGUGAUGACGAAGAUAAUUUCUUUAUUCCUACUGGUGGUGAUUCAUUGACAGCCGUACGUUUAUCUCGUACAAUUGAGGAUGAUCUAGGAAUAUCUAUACCAACAAGUAUACUUUUACAACCUAAUAUGACUCUUCAACAACUAGCAACUGUCAUUAAAAAUCCUUCGCAGAUAUCUUCGAUGUCUCAUUCAACAGUACAAAAAUUGUUAUAUGAUUCUGAAUUACGUUUAGAUGUAACAGUAGGUAAACCGAAAACUACGAUCGCUUCUCCUUCAAUGAUAUUCAUUACAGGAACUACAGGAUUUGUUGGUGCAUUUUUAUUGACUGAAUUAUUAUUGACAUAUCCUUCUGAAUGUAAAUUUGUCUGUCUGGUACGAUGUAAAUCUUCGAUUAAUCCAUUGGAUCGUAUUCGACAAAAUAUGCUUUUUCAUAAGAUAUGGAAAGAAGAUUUUCAAGAACGAAUUAUUCCGUUACAAGGUGACUUAGAAGAAACUUGUUUUGGAUUAGAUCAUGAAGUAUAUAAAUCACUUGCUAAACAAAUCGAUAUUAUCUUUCAUUGUGGUGCUGCUGUAAAUUUUGUACUUCCGUAUAGCAAACUCUACGGUUCAAAUGUUCGUGGUACUCAAGAAAUUAUUCGUUUGGCAACUCAUACAACUACAUGCAUACCGAUUCAUUAUAUAUCAACGCUAAGUGUUCUAUCGUCUAAUGUUAACAAAGAAGUAUCUAUUGAUGAAAUCUCUCCUAAUGGUCUAAUCAGCGGUUAUGCACAAAGUAAAUGGGUAGCAGAAAAACUCAUGGUUCAAGCCAAUCGUUUAGGUUUACCAGUGAUCAUUUAUCGUCUUGGAUCGACUUGUGCUAGUACAGAAACAGGUGCUUGCAAUCGAACUGAUCUUCAUACAUUUUUAUUUGUUGCAAUGAUGAAAUUAAAUAGUUAUCCUGAGACGAUGGUUCAUGCUCGUUUACAUGGGUUACCAGUCGAUUUUACAGCAAAAAGUAUCGUUUAUUUAAGUAGAAUUCAACUCGAUGCAGAUGGAAAAAUUUAUCAUGUUAUAAAUCCGAAUAGUGAAGUGUUAUUUGAAGAUAUUAUUGAUAAUAUAUAUAACUGUGGUGUUCAGUUAAAGAGUAUUUCUCUUGAAGAAUGGCGGAGUAAAUUAAAGAUAAUCGAUGAUGGGGAUAGUCCUUUCGCGUCUGUUGGUGAAUUCUUAAAUGAAAAUCUCUUCAAAGAAAAUCGUACAAUAUCCGCCGAGCAAUUUUGUAAUCAUGUUUCUGCAUUGAAUCUUCCAUUGUUAAACGACAUGUAUUUGAUGAAAUGGUUCAGUUUCAUACUAGAUAAUAUUGCUCGUCAAUAG